AUGGACAUCAAGUCUUCCAAUGUCGUCAUCAGUGCCGACAUGAACGCGGUGCUCAUCGACAUCAGCGGCAUUGGCGGCGGCACGCGCCAGACGCCAGUGGCUCUUCCAGUCCCCAGAGAUGCUGCAAGAGAGGAUCCGAUGUUCCAGGGCUUCGAGGCACGUAAGCAAAACGAUAUCUUGGCCCCUGGGCAAAUUCUGCUUGCUAUGGCCGAAGCGUCUAGUGACAGGGACGAGGAGCAACUGCUAAGGAGCAUUUCGCUAUCUGCUACACGGACCCCUCCACGAAUUCCCUUGAGUGAAGCCAUCAGCCGCUUCUCGAAGUAUGCUUCUUGA